UUUUUACUGAAUUCGAUAGGCGGCGGUCACAUAAACUCUUUAUUAUUUUGUUUAUUGUUGCAAUUUUCGAAUAUGUACGCAUAAUUAUGCAAAACCAUCGCAACAAACAUAUUCAGAGGUUGUCUAACAACGCCACGACCUGAGCAAGUGCAACAUCAGAAGCGCAUGGCACGCUUCUCACCCGUCCGCCCAUUCCGAUUGAACAUUGAUUUGUACUGGGGCACGGCACCAAAUGCAAAUGCAAUCCUUUCACACGCGCUGCGGCCGCUUCAUCAGAUUGUACAAUGGCAACCGCUCGGCGCAGCGCUCGAUGCGAGAUUUCAGCCAUGCCCUGGUGUUUAGUGCCGAGCCGCUGCAGGACGAUGUGCUUUUCGAGGUGGUUAUUGAGAAAAAGAACACUUCUUGGGGCGGCAGCAUCGAGAUUGGAGUUACGGCCGAAUCUCCAGACGAUCUGGAACUGGUGGCAUGCGCCACAGCCAUGAGGAACGGCACCUGGGUCAUGUCGGGCAUCGAUGUUCGCAAGGAUGGUCGACGGCUGUUCGAAUUCUAUGGCACGGACCUGGAAACGCUCAACGAGGGCGACCGUGUCGGUGUUAUGCGCACCUCCAGCAACGAUCUCGUAUUUUAUGUAAACGGUGAAUCUCAAGGCGUGGCCGCCAAGAACAUGCCAAAGCCCCUCUGGGCCCUCGUCGAUCUCUAUGGCCGUUGUGUGCAGGUUUCACUGUGUCCCCGCGAUGCCCACGGCGCAGGAGAGUUACUGGACUCGCCACUGCAGCAGCCGCUGCAGCAGGUUGUCCAGAACCUGGAUGUGGCCAUGAACGUGGACGUCAGCGUGGACGGCACCAAUCUGACGGCCCUGGGCAUGCUCAAUCUGAAUGGAGGAGGUGCUGUCACUGUGGGCUCCGACUACUAUGAUGUCAACGAUCGCCUGCGCUUCCACACCCGCUGUGGAUCGUUGGUCAAGCUGUCGCCCAACUUUCGCUCCGCCGAGCGACGUCGUCCCCUGGACGAGUUCAACAAUGGCGUGGUGAUGACACACCGUCCGCUGCGGGACAACGAACUCUUCGAAAUACGCAUCGACAAGCUUGUGGACAAGUGGUCGGGGUCCAUAGAGGUGGGCGUGACCACCCAUAAUCCCACCGUGCUGCACUUCCCGGCCACCAUGACGAACAUGCGCUCGGGCACCAUAAUGAUGUCGGGCUGUGGGAUCCUCACCAACGGGAAGGGCACCCGACGCCAAUACGGCGAGUUCAAUCUGGACGAGCUUCGCGAGGGCGAUCGCGUUGGGAUGAUGCGCAAGGCCAAUGGCAACCUGCACUACUACAUCAACGGGCAGGAUCAGGGCGUGGCUGCCACGCGAGUGGCCUCCACUUUGUGGGGCGUCAUCGAUCUGUACGGCAUGACCAUCAAGGUGACCAUUGUGGAUCGCGAUGAGCGCGAGCAGCAGAACCUCGUCACCAGGCGCAACAACAUCGUGGCCGGCAUGAGCUCCUGCUCUGCCGCCAGCAGCACUCUUCAGCAGCAGCAGCAGCUCCAGCAGCAGUCAUCGGGCACUCCCACUCUGAGUCUGCUCAGUCCGGAGAGUGAAAUGAAUGUGGCUGGAGCCGCUGGUGGGCUGAGCGAGACCAUAUCGAGCACACGGGCCAUUGCGCGGAACGAUGACCGCCUGACGUUCCAUCACAUAUGCGGCACCCAUGCCACAGUCACGCAGAGCGGCCGCACAGCUCUGCGCCCCAAUGCCGCUGAUGACUUCAACAAUGGCGUGGUCCUCACGCGACGUCCACUGCGGCCGAACGAACUCUUUCAGGUGCGUCUCGAGCGUGUGGUCACCAAGUGGGCUGGCUCUGUGGAAAUGGGCGUCACCACACACACCGCCGACGAGCUGGACUUUCCAUUUACCAUGACCAACGUUCGAUCCGGCACUUGGAUGAUGACUGGCAAUGGGGUCAUGCAGAAUGGAGUCACUGUCAUCGAACAAUAUGGCCAGAAUCUGGACCGCCUGCAGGUGGGUGACCGCGUGGGCGUUGUGCGCAAGGACGACGGCACCCUGCACUUUUGGGUGAACGGCGUGGAUCAGGGGCCAGCCGCCAGCAAUGUGCCGGAGCGUGUCUACGGGGUGAUCGAUCUGUACGGCCAGGCGGCACAGGCGAGCAUUGUGGACACCUCGGAGUGUGGCAGCCCGGACACGGGCAACUCGACCAUUUCGAACACAACGCUGUACAGCGAAUUGCCCCUGCGCUUCCACAGCAUACACGGCGCGAAUGCGGGCAUAUCGAACAGCGGCCUGACCGCCUCGCGCCCCAACUCGCUGGCCGAGUUCAAUGAUGCGAUUGUGUUUAGCAACCGGCCGCUGCGGCAGCGCGAACUCUUCGAAGUGGAGCUGGAGACGAUGGUGCGGCAUUGGUCGGGCAACAUUGAGAUCGGGGUGACGGGCACGCGCCCGGAGGACAUCCAGCUGGCGCCCAAUGCCACCGAUCUGGAGGCCAACGAUACAAUCAUCCUGUGUGGGCCCAUGAUCUUUCACAAUCGCAAGACCAUACGCACGAAUAUCCUGCUGGAUCUGGACACCCUGGGACCCAGCACUCGGGUGGGCGUGAUGCGCAACGGGGACUUUAUCCACUUCUUUGUGGAUGGCAUGGACCAGGGACCGGCCUGCGAGUGCCAUGCCCCCAACAUCUGGGCCAUCAUCGACCUGUACGGGCAGUGUGCGCAGGUCAGUCUGACGCAGAACCAGCUGGACAUCCGUGCCGCCCCGUAUGCCACCAGCGAGAACUCGCAGAGCUGCCAGGCCACCUCGGUCAUACAGCAUCCCGCCAUGGAGACGAAGCACCGCUGGACCUGUGUCUCCGGCAACGUGAGCCUCACCAAGGACUGGACCGAGGCCUCCCGCUUCACUGGCUCCACGGCCGCCCUCUCCCACUGCCUGGUCUUCUCCGAGCACCCGCUGAGCGUAGGCUCGCCCUUUGAGAUCAAGCUGACGUCCAUUAAUCCGAUGUUCGCUGGCUGCCUCUGCAUUGGCGUCACCGAUCUGAAUCUGAGCGAUGAGAGCGUGCGAAAGAAGCUUCCGACGAGCCUGAAGCGUAUCCCGGCCAACGUUUGGUAUGUGACUGGGAACGAGGUGAGCUUCAACUCGAGCUGCCUGCAGCGCUCACUGGCGUCGCUCGAGUGGCUGCGCGUGGACGAUCGCAUCACGCUGGAGCGCGUGGAGAAUUCCGCCCUGAACAUGCUGCUCAACUCGGAGAACGUGAACAUACAGUUCCAGAAUAUACCCAACGAUGUGUACGUGGUGGCCGAGCUGCGGGGCUCGACAAUGGGUGUGCAGGUGAUCUCUGCCCAGGGGCCGGCAUCUCCCCUGCGGCCCUGCAGUCUGCGGCUGCAGGACUCUAUGGACUUUGGCAUCGACCCGCUCAACAAACAGGACAGCUCCAUGCUGGAGUCGAUCGACUCCGAGGCCCAGAACUACGAGUUCGUGGACAUGACGCAGAAGAAUGCGCGUCUCAGCGAGGACCGACGCAGUGCGGCGAGAUCAAAGUCGUACAAUCAGGCGAUGGUCUGCCUGAACAAGCCGCUGUGCAAGGGCGAGAGCAUCAGCAUCAAGGUGGAUGCCAUUAACAACAAGUGGAAGGGCACCCUGGGGCUGGGCGUGCUCUCGGCAUGUCCCCCCACACUGCCCAUCUCCCUGCUGGACUUCAAGCGCAGCUGCUGGCUGGCCACCCACGACUAUGUGAACAUCAAUGGCCAGGUGCUGGCCUCCAAGUACGGCGAGGCUCUGGACCAAAUCCAAGUGGGAACAGUCAUCACGUUGACCCUCACCCAUGCGGGAAUGCUGAUCAUUAUGGUUGGGUCAACGAAUCUGGAGGAUUUGGCCAGCGGCCUGCCCAACCAUGUGUAUCCCGUGUUUGAUGUGUAUGGCAAGUGCGAGAAGAUCACCUUGAUCACGGGCAGCGACGCCGCGCGCAACGGCAACGCCAAUGGCACCCCCAUACUGGAGGCACCCGAGGCCCUGGAGCUGGACAAUGCUGGCAUGCCGCAGCAGUGCGAGAAGGCGCACCUGGAAAUGCACGAAAAGGAAAAGGAUACGGAACAGAUGAGCGAAUCUGCCAGAGAUGGUCCGUCCACAUCGGCUGCUCCCUCGAAUACUAAUGCCAACGCCAAUGCCAAUGCCAAUGCCAAUACCAAUGCCAUGACACGCUCGGUUAUGGAGAGCGUAUCGGAGAAUCUACUGCUGAACAUCUCCAUCAAGAAUCGCACUUUGGAGCAGCAAAGAAACGAAAUGGGUGGAUCCUCAUCGACUUGCUGCCUGCGCGAGUCUCUGCAGCUGCAGCACAACACCAACUUGAACAUACAGCGCAGUCAGAGCACUCAACGCUUUCAAAACUCGCUGAAUAGCUCCACGACAGCAGCCACAGCAGGCAGUGGCGGCGGUGGGCCUAGUGGCUCCGCGGGCAAUGCCCAGCACCUGAGCAAUUCGAGUGUGUACGACACCAACAAGGAGUACGACGAGCUGCCGAAUCCAGCCUUGACAAAUUCCGCCUCUGUUGACGAGGGGGCGGCCACGGCAGCAACGGUGAGCACAUCAGCAACGUCGGCCACAGAGCAGAGCGAGAACAAUGCCGAGGCGGCGGAACUGAUCGGCAGCAGCCAUGAGAGGGAACUGAGAGAGCUGUCGGGGGAGCUAGCGGGCUCGAUCGAUAAUGUUCUGGAGGACGAUGAGAUCGACUACAUGAACCAUUUGCUGUUGCUGCAGCAGCUGCAGCAGAACGAGUACACGCGCCACCACCUGAUGCCGGAUCCGACAUCGUUGUUGAGCUUGGAUCUGAAUCUGCCGUCUCUCAAUUCGCUCGAGUCGGAUGCAAACUCUUCCGCCCACCUGCGUGCCGAGUCGCUGCGCUCCGCAAACGCAGCCAGUCUGGAGCAGAACGAUUGCGAGUAUCUGCGCCAGGUGAGGCGUUUCUGUGCCUCGCUGGUGCUGCCGCAGGCCUUCUUCGACAGCCGCCUGGAGCCGAUUUGCUUUUGUCUAAAGUGCAGCGGACCCAGCAAUGGCAACGGCGACAAACUGGAGGGCUGGGUCUACUUCAAGCUCAACCAGCAGACGGUGAACGUAUUGAGCACCUCCGUGACAGCAGCUUCGGCGGGCGGCGGCUCGUCGUCGGCGGCUGCCCAGGUUCAUUUCGAUCUCAACGGGGAUUGGCUGCCAUUCUACUACAUGACGCGGGUGGACAAGAUACGGGCCAUCUUGGAUCGCGGCCAACCGCUUCCGCUGGAAACAGACGCCGCCGACGAGGAGACGGCCGCUGCAGCAGCUGCGGGCACGCACAAAGACGAGCCGGGCACCCGGCUGGAGCUUUACUACUCCCCCAACGCCACGGUCAUAGAGCCCGUGCUGCCCCAGCACCACUAUGCGUCCGAGCAGGGACUGCAUCGCAUUUCCACCUCCUUCGAGGUCUAUGUCCGUCGCCAGUCCAUUUCCGGGGUGACCACUGGCAGGGCGGCCGCCGAAGCCAAGCGUCGCAGCAUGGGCUCUGUCGAUCAUGACUCGGGGACGGGAUCGGGCCAAGGCCAAGCCCACGAUAGCGGCGCUUCGCCGCCCGCCCCCACCGAAUCGUCGGUACAUCUUCUAAACGAUCUGUGCUGGUUCACCAAAGAGGCUGGCGCCUGCAUAAUCAACGCUUUGAUAAUUAAAUUGGACCGCAUCGAAGAGCAGGAACACUGAGCACUUAGCACUGAGCUCGUCACACACUAGUCACAGCCGACUUAUACAUAUGUAUGGCAUAUAUGUAUAUGUCUAUGUCUGAUUCCCAUUAAAUACUAUCCAUUGUACUCACGCCACGCUUCACACACACGCAACCGCAUUCGCAUUCCUCUUUGUAAACGAGUUUUUAUCGUCUUGUAAGCGCCAAUAAAGUUAACCGCAAAGU